AUGGCCGGAGCAAUUCUCUGGACGUUCUCGGUGUACUUGGAGGCGCUUGCGAUUUUGCCCCAGCUGUUCAUGUUGACCAAGACGGGCGAGGCUGAGGUCAUCACGACACAUUACUUGUUUGCCUUGGGUGCCUACCGUGGCUUGUACCUUAUCAACUGGAUCUACCGCUACUUUACCGAGGGCUAUGUGGACUGGAUUGUUUGGGUUGCUGGCACGAUCCAAACUGGUCUCUACUGCGAUUUCUUCUUUAUCUACUUUACAAAGGUGUUGAAGGGUGCCAAGUUCGAGCUCCCACAAUAA